AUGGGCAGCCAGGGUCCCGUCUCGCCGCCGCUGCCAGUCUACCUGCGCUCGGUGCCUGCGAGAAAGGAGCACCCGGUUCUUCCGCCUGUCGACAACCGCGCUGUCAUGCACGGAGGGCCCGUCUCGCCCGUGAGGAUAGACGCAGCGGCGCCGCAGCCGCAGCCCUCGAGCGCAGAGAUGGGCCAUCAUCUCCACGACGGCAGCAGCAUUCUACAGCCCGGCAGCGGACAGGACAGCCCCGACGCGCAGUCAGACGCCCGGCACAGCGAGGAGAGCCCGCGACAGCAUCAUCGAGCCCUACCAGCCGCUCCAAAGACCAACGACUCCGGCGCCCAGUACGAGUUUGCCGUCUUCAUGAUCCACGCAGCCCAAGAUAUCGACCUGGACGACAACAACAACGACAACACCAAUAACAACAGCAGCAACAACAGUAGCAACGAAAAGGUAGGGAAGAGUGAAACUUCAAAAGCAGAGCUCCUCCGGGAAGCAAAGGGCAUCCUGCAGCGUCUGGCGGACAGAAGCUACCCUUACGCCCAGUACUACCUCGGCGACGGGCUGGCAUCCGGCCUCUUCAACAAGGGCAAACCAGACCACGACAAGGCCUUCCAACUUUUCGUCGCCGCAAGCAAACAUGGCCACGCCGAAGCCGGAUACCGCGCUGCCCUCUGCUACGAGUUCGGCUGGGGCACAAAGCAGGACGGCGCCAAGGCAGUCCAGUUCUACCGCCAGGCUGCCUCUAAAAACCACCCGGGCGCCAUGGCAAGGCUCGGAAGGGCAUGUUUGGCUGGAGACAUGGGGCUGGUCAAGAGAUAUCGCGAGGGCAUCACCUGGCUCAAGCGAGCUGCUGAGUCGGCGGACGUCCAGUACAAUGCUGCUCCCUACGAGCUCGGACUGCUGCAUGAGGUCGGAUACGGAGACGAUGUCUUCCAGGACGAAUCCUACGCCGCUCAGCUCUUCACCAAGAGCGCGGAACUCGGCCAUGCAGAGGCCAGCUACCGUAUGGGCGAUGCCUACGAGCAUGGAAAGCUCAACUGUCCUCGAGACCCGGCAUUGAGUGUCCAUUUCUACACCGGAGCUGCGCAGCUCGGACACCCCAUGGCCAUGAUGGCCCUGUGUGCGUGGUUCAUGGUCGGCGCUGAACCCAUCCUCGAAAAGGACGAGAACGAGUCGUAUGAAUGGGCCAGACGGGCUGCUGAGUGUGGCCUCGCCAAAGCUGAAUACGCAGUUGGCUACUUCACCGAGAUGGGCAUCGGAUGCCGUCGUGACCCCCUCGAAGCCAACGUAUGGUACGUCCGCGCCGCCGACCACGGUGACGAGAGGGCAAAGCACCGUAUAGCUGCCAUCAGAGCUGCUGCUUCAGGCGCAGACCCUUCCUCUGCCGCCUCCCGUCGUCUCACGAAAAAUGGUACACUCUCCCCUUUUCUUCCUAUUCAAUGCAUAUACUAA